AUGAAUUGUGUGGAUCAAGAAUUAUUGAAAAACAAUUUUUUGAGGGGGUACUUAAAUCUUUUAGGUAUAAAUUUUUUUUGUGGUUGUAUUAAAAAAAAGUGUAAAUCAAAACCAAAAGACCUUUCAAAAUUGAUGUCAUAUCGAAAUAGAUCGAUUGCAUUCUUUGAAUUGCGUCAACAGAGUCACCACAAUAGACCUUUCAGUAGUGUAUCGAGUACUUCAACCACUAAGAAGGAUGUCUCAAAGAUACCACUGAUAGGUGAGAAUGAACAUGAUAUACCACUAGACGAUCUCAACCUACAACCACAAUGGAUAAAAUUAACCGAUAUAGAUAGUAAACUAAGAGUCAUUUCAAACAAUAUUGAAAGAUUAGGUCAAUUACAUUCAAGACAUUUAUCGAGAUUCGAUGAUAGCGGUGAAGAUGAAAGAGAAGUUGAAGUAUUAACUAGAGAGAUAUCAAGUGAUAUAAGUAAAACACAUAAUUUAAUUAAAACAUUGGGACUCAGGAAAACCCUGACACCCGAAGAGAUCAAAGUCAAAAAGAAUAUUCAAUCUGCCAAAUCGAAUCAACUACAGACUUUAUCAUUAGAAUUCAAGAAGAAACAAAGAACUUAUUUAAAUGCUAUACAAAGAAAUGCAAAUAGUUUUGGUUGGGGAAAUGAAGUGAAUGACGAAGAGGAUGACGAUGAUGAAAACCAGGUGUUUACUUUAACAAAACAACAGGAAGAGGCUUUCAAUGAGAUGGAGUUUGAAGUUCAAAAGAGAGAUGCUGAGAUUAGACAGAUUGUAAGAUCAAUGGAAGAGCUGUCAUCGAUUAUCAAUGACAUUUCGAUACUGGUCAUCAAGCAAGGCACUUUGAUGGACCAAAUCGAAUACAAUUUGGAAUCGACCGAGGAGUCAAUGACAGUGGCCACAGUAGAACUAAAGAAAGCCGAUGAAUAUCAUCGUAGCUACAGAACUAGACUUUGUAUAUUACUUAUUUUAAUUAUACUUGUAGUUACAAUGGUCUUUGUUUCAAUUAUUAAAGCAUUCAUUUAA